GAGGCCUCUGGAGCCACCGCCGCUGCCAGUCGCCGCCGGCCACCGCCUCCGGGGCGCGUUCUCUCGGGGGUCCCGCCGCCUGGGCGCUCCCUCAGCCGCCGCUGCCGGGGGCGCGGGCUCUGGCGGCCCCGGCGGACGAAGACGCUCCGCGCCCUCCCCGUGCUCCCUGCGGGCCGCCGCCGCCCGGGCCCGGGGGCCGCCGCCUCCCUCAGCUCCCCGGGCCGGCAUGGAGCUCUUCCAAGCCAAGGACCACUACAUCCUGCAGCAGGGCGAACGCGCGCUGUGGUGCAGCCGCCACGAUGGCGGCCUCCAGCUCCGACCCGCUACUGAUCUACUUCUUGCCUGGAAUCCCAUUUGUUUGGGUUUGGUAGAAGGUGUUAUUGGGAAAAUUCAGCUUCACUCAGAUCUCCCAUGGUGGCUCAUUUUAAUUCGGCAGAAAGCACUGGUUGGCAGACUUCCGGGAGACCAUGAAGUCUGUAAAGUUACCAAAAUUGCUGUGCUCUCACUUUCGGAAAUGGAGCCUCAGGAUCUGGAGCUCGAGCUCUGCAAGAAGCAUCAUUUUGGACUUAACAAACCCGAGAAGAUCAUGCCGUCUCCUGAUGACUCAAAGUUUCUUCUGAAGACCUUUACGCAUAUUAAAUCCAAUGUGUCUGCUCCUAAUAAAAAGAAAGUUAAGGAAAGUAAAGAAAAGGAGAAGUUGGAAAGGAGAUUACUCGAGGAGUUGCUGAAGAUGUUCAUGGACUCGGAAUCCUUCUAUUACAGCUUGACCUAUGACUUGACCAAUUCAGUGCAGAGGCAAAGCACUGGGGAGGGGGACCCUCGGCCCCUCUGGCAGAAGGUCGAUGACCGAUUUUUUUGGAAUAAAUAUAUGAUACAAGAUCUUACUGAGAUUGGUACGCCAGAUGUGGACUUCUGGGUCAUCCCCAUUAUCCAAGGUUUUGUGCAGAUCGAAGAACUUGUGGUUAAUUAUAAUGAAUCAUCUGACGAUGAGAAAAGCAGCCCAGAGACCCCACCUCAGGAGUCCACCUGUGUAGAUGACAUUCACCCACGAUUUCUAGUGGCUCUCAUUUCCCGCCGCAGUCGGCACAGAGCAGGAAUGCGCUAUAAACGAAGAGGCGUGGAUAAAAAUGGAAAUGUUGCAAAUUACGUGGAGACUGAACAGCUAAUUCACGUUCAUAAUCACACCUUGUCGUUUGUUCAGACACGAGGCUCCGUGCCCGUCUUUUGGAGCCAGGUUGGGUAUCGAUACAACCCGAGACCUCGGCUGGACAAGAGUGAAAAGGAAACUGUUCCCUAUUUCUGUGCCCACUUCGAAGAACAACUGAAAAUUUACAAAAAACAGGUUAUUAUUAACUUGGUAGACCAGGCGGGAAGGGAGAAGAUUAUUGGGGAUGCUUACCUGAAGCAGGUGCUGCUCUUCAACAACGCACAGCUUACUUACGUGUCUUUUGACUUCCACGAGCACUGCCGAGGAAUGAAGUUCGAGAAUGUGCAAACGCUGACAGAUGCCAUUUAUGACAUUAUUCUUGAUAUGAAGUGGUGUUGGGUGGAUCAAGCUGGCGUAAUAUGCAAACAAGAAGGGAUUUUUCGCGUCAAUUGCAUGGACUGCCUGGACCGCACCAACGUGGUCCAAGCUGCCAUCGCCCGAGUGGUCAUGGAGCAGCAGCUGAAAAAAUUAGGCGUGAUGCCCCCAGAGCAGCCACUACCGGUGAAGUGCAGCCGGAUCUAUCAGAUAAUGUGGGCCAACAACGGCGACUCCAUUAGCAGGCAGUACGCUGGGACCGCUGCGCUGAAGGGUGACUUUACGAGGACUGGAGAAAGGAAGUUAGCAGGAGUUAUGAAAGAUGGUGUUAACUCAGCAAAUAGGUAUUACCUGAAUCGAUUUAAGGAUGCUUAUAGGCAAGCUGUCAUAGACUUGAUGCAAGGCAUUCCAGUGACAGAAGAUCUUUAUUCCAUAUUUAACAAGGAGAAAGAGCAUGAAGCUUUGCAUAAGGAAAAUCAGAGAAGUCACCAGGAACUUAUUAGCCAGCUCUUACAAAGUUACAUGAAGUUACUGCUGCCUGACAAUGAGAAGUUCCACGGGGGCUGGGCCCUCAUUGACUGUGACCCCAGCCUCAUUGACGCCACUCACAGAGAUGUGGACGUGCUGUUGCUGCUGUCUAACUCUGCCUACUACGUCGCCUAUUAUGAUGAUGAAGUUGAUAAAGUAAACCAGUACCAACGACUAAGUCUAGAAGACCUGGAAAAAAUAGAAAUAGGUCCUGAACCCACACUUUUUGGUAAGCCAAAGUUCUCCUGCAUGCGACUGCACUACAGAUGCAAAGAAGCCAGUGGCUAUUUCCAUACUCUGAGAGCUGUAAUGCGCAAUCCAGAAGAGGAUGGGAAAGAUACCCUUCAGUGCAUUGCAGAGAUGCUGCAGAUCACCAAACAAGCCAUGGGAUUAGAUGUACCUAUAAUUGAGAAAAAACUUGAGAGGAAGAGCAGUAAACCUCAUGAAGACAUUAUUGGCAUCAGAUCUCAAAACCAAGGCUCUCUGGCCCAAGGAAAAAAUUUUCUAAUGAGCAAAUUUUCAUCUCUAAAUCAAAAAGUGAAACAGACCAAAUCCAAUGUAAAUAUUGGCAACCUACGAAGGCUAGGAAAUUUUGCAAAACCUGAAAUGAAGGUUAAUUUUCUAAAACCAAAUUUAAAAGUAAAUCUUUGGAAAUCAGAUAGUAGUCUUGAAACCAUGGAAAACACAAGUGUGAUGGAUAGUAAAGUCCAGGCAGAGUCUGAUGGGGAAAUGUCUUCAGAUAACGACUCCUACCACUCUGAUGAAUUCCUUACAAAUUCCAAGUCUGACGAAGACAGACAGCUAGCUAGUUCUCUAGAGAACAUAGGGCCGGUAGACUAUGUUCUUCCCAGUUGUGGCAUUAUUGCUUCAGCACCUCGGUUAGGCAGCCGGUCCCAGUCCAUUAGCAGCACUGACAUUAGCAUUCAUGCUCCUUCAGAGAUUACUGUUGCCGCUCAUGGAAGUGAGCUUGGAAAACGCUGUGAAGCUCCUUUGAAAAAAAGUCCUUCUGCUGAUUAUAUACACACAUUGACUGGCUUUGCCAAGCCUGUGGAUAUUUACUGCCACAGAUUUGUACAAGAUGCGCAAAACAAGAUGACCCAACUAUCAGAAACCAGAUCUGUUUCUCAGCAGGCUAGUGAGGAAGGAAAUCAAACGACCAAUCAAGUUUCUAAUGAAGAAACCCAAUCUGAAUCAACGGAACAGAUACCGUCUCGACCAUCUCAGUUAGAUGUGUCUUUCUCUGCAGCAGGCCCACAGUUUUUGUCUGUUGAACCGGUGCAUUCAGUGGUAUCUCAAAAGAACCCCGGCUCUGGAUCCAGCGUGCUUGAACUUGAGACAGGACUUCACGUAACUCCUUCUCCUUCAGAGAGCAGCGGCAGCAGAGCAGUGUCCCCCUUCGCAAAGAUCCGGAGUUCCAUGGUCCAGGUCGCUAACAUGACCCAAGCCGGGCUAACCCAGGGGAUCAACUUUGCGGUGGCCAGGGUUCAGAAGAGCCCUGCAGAGCCUGAAGUGGUUAAUGAAGUCCAGCAAAAUGAACUUAAAAAUAUGUUUACACAGUGCCAGACACGAAUAAUUCAGAUUUAGUUCACAGUCACAAAGAAUCCUGUGGCUUUUACUUAAUCUGCCCCCUCUAAAAAAAAAGUUUCACAUAUUAGGCUCUUUUAACCUGUACUGACUUGGAAUCUAGGGAUCUUAAAUUGUCAGUUGGGAACGGUUGUCACAACUUUCUAAAUUUGAGAGGACAACAGAAGUACGUCAUCCUACAAUGUGUAGGCCCGAGUAGCUGAUACACUACAGAGCAGUUUGUCUCUUUGAAGGUAAUUCAGGAAUAGAUUACUUUGGGACGUAAUCACCUGGACCUUUUUGGGAGUGGGUGAGUAGGUGGGAUGGGAGGGUUCAGUGUAUGAAGUGGACACAGGAUGGUCAUGGAUGCAUUUAGGGAUUAGCAUUUUUUAUUUUUCUUCAUUUCUGUGUUACCUCUACAAGGUAAUACAUUUAGUUUUUAGUGACUUUAAAAGUGUUGCUAAUAUGGAGAAGCAUUUGGAAAUUUAAAAGUUGGUUUUGUUUUGAUGGCUUAACCAUUCCCUAUGAAGAAUUGAAGGUUAUUGGCAUAGUCAAGAAGUAUCUGCCCAUUUAAUCCUAAUUUUCCCCUUCUAAACAAACUUUAAAUUUUCUGCCACCUUGUACACCCCAAAGUCUAGGAGCAUUAAGACAUGUCAGUCAAAACCCUGAGACAUCAGAUGUGAAUACCAGCACCUAUUAAUUUUGCUGUUUUCAGGUAAGAACGUACACUUACUGGAUAUUAUUAAUUCUUAAAAGUCUUCAAGUUUUAAUUUUCUGUAGGAGUCAUUCCUUAACAUCUUGUAUACACUAUUACAACUAUUGAAACUUAGUCUGAGCACAGUUGUGCUGUAAGUUGGUUUCAUGACUGUAAACCUGACCACAUGGAACAGGGCCUCUUCUGUAAGCCCAUACGUUAGGAAAGUUGCACAGUUUAUUCCAAACAAGUAUUGGUUUGUCUGGUAUCUUUAGAGCCUUACUCUGUUGAAGUGAUUCUCAGCUAAACAUUAUGUCUGUUGUAACUUUGAUAAGUAUUUCCACUUUUGUUAUUUAUUAGCGGUGUCUUUUUGUGUGUGUGUGUGUGAAGUAUCAAAUCUUGUGACUAUUUAAAAAUAAAGUACAGUUGUAAUUUAAAA